AAUACCAAUACACCUACCCUAUUUUUAUUUAGCAUGUUACCGGAAACAAACAAUUUUUUUUUGCCUUUUACCUAAACUAUAAUACACUUCUUUGAAAUUCUUGCAUGCUUAAAAAUGCCAAAUUAACAAGUACUUGGUAGUCUAUAUAAUAACUGAAUUAAUUUCUCUUUUAAGAAUGGAGCAUGGAGAGAUAUGGUCAUAAAAUUAAUCUGGAAACUGUCCAAAAGGAGCAACUGAACAACUAUCUAAAGCAAUUCUAUGCAGAAGCUCAACCCAAAAUUACACCAGACAGAAAAAGAAAAUUUCAAGACACAAACCUAGCUUCUGAAUACCACCGUAACACAAUGAAAAAUGCACGAGCAGCCAUUAACAGACAUUUCCGUGACAUUAGCCGGAGCAUAGAUAUUGUCCGUGAUACUGUUUUUCAGGAGGCAAAUGAUAUUUUAGACGCAAAACUAAAAUCUAACCUAAAAGCUGGUCUUAACCUACCAACUGCCCACAAACCAAUCAUUCCACCUAAAGAUCUGCAAGCCAUACAUUCUUAUCUGAAAGCGAAUAAUCCAAUAGCACUCAGAUACCGAGCCUGGUUCAUUCUCAGUAUACAGUUUGUAUCUCGGGGCCUUGAAUUUCACCCACAGUUGAACCGCAACAGCCUUCAAAUUCGUGCCGACGAGGAAGGCAGAGAGUAUAUUCAUUUCACCCAUGACGUAAAAGAAAAACAAAAUCAAAGCGGCAUCACAAAUGAAAAGAGAAUUUAUGCCAUAGAAGGCGACAGUGAAAAUUGUCCUGUACAGAACUUGAAGGCUUUUAUGGCGCACUGUGACCCAAAUGCUGAAAAGCUGUUUUGCCAUGUAAACAAACUAGCUUUGGAGGCUCCAGAUGUUUGUCAGAUUUGGUACAACACUAAACCUGUCAGCACCAAACAAUUCACCAGUUUUAUGGGCGACAUUUCUAGAAAUGCAGGUCUUGACACACGAUACACCGCACACUGCCUUCGUGCUACUGCAACCCAGGGUCUGGAUGAUGCCGGAUGUGAGAUCCGGCAUAUAAUGUUUAUGACCGGACAUCGUAACGAGGCAUCUGUUCGGUCGUACAGCAGAGGAACGACAACAGAGCAGAAAAUGAAGAUGUCUAAAAUCCUCACCGAAUUAUCAACUGGCUCCAGGGAAAAUUCUCAGCUAAAUUCAUGUGCAGUUCCGGUUCCCAGUUCGGAUGGUCCAAAUCCAACCUAUGAAAAUAAAAAAAUCACCAUGUGUCAACAAGAUUCCGGAAUGGGAAUGUUUAAUCCGUCUUCGUGCACGUUUAGCAACUGCACAUUCACUCUGCAAAGUAGCCUUAAUACUCCAAAUUAAGUUCAGAUUUUUCAUU